AUGAUGCAAUUCACCUCCAACGUACCUGCUCAUAACCUUCAUAAAUUUCAAGCAUUAAGAUGUCCCAGUUUCAGAUGCCACUCUUCUUCCGUUAAACAACAAUCUUCUUCUUUCUCUUCGCUUCAAACUAACAACAAUAAUCCAUCUAGGUUACAUCUCUCCAAUCUCGAUAACUUUCUCCAAUCCCAAAAGCCAUUAGAAUCGACCACCACCACCCACCACCACCACCAACCCAUUCAAAAAAACAACUCAAAGGACAGAAAAGGAAAAAACUUCAUUGAAGGUCUCAACCUCGCUAAACUAUGGCCGGAAAUCAAAGCAGCUGAAGAAAUCUCCCCACGUCACCUGAAACGCCUCCAGCGCCUUCUCUCCAAAACAGCCGAAUAUUCCCCCAGAAACAUUAUCGCCUCCAACUGGAAACAAUACCACGGCAGCAACGACUGGAAAGGGAUGUUAGAUCCCCUCGACGACAAUCUCCGGCGAGAAGUUGUUCGUUACGGCGAUCUAGUCCAGGCCGCGUAUCAAGCCUUUCAUUCCGAUCCCGCCAUGUCAUCAACCGAACCACCACAGCCUCGCCACGUCCCCUUACCAGAAAGAUCCUACAAAGUUACCAAGAGUCUCUACGCCACAUCAUCCAUCGGGUUACCUAAAUGGAUUGACGAAGUCGCUCCGGAUCUCGGAUGGAUGACCCAGCGAUCAAGUUGGGUGGGAUUCGUCGCAGUUUGCGACGACAGGAGAGAGAUCGCGAGAAUGGGAAGAAGAGAUAUCGUAAUCUCUCUCCGCGGAACUUCAACCUGUCUCGAAUGGGCCGAAAACAUGAGAGCCCAAUUAGUUAACUUAACCGACGACAACAAAGCCCAAACUCAAGCCCAAGCAAAGCCCAAAGUCGAAUGCGGGUUCAUGAGCUUAUACAAAACAAAAGGAGCCCAUGUAGAAAGCCUAUCCGAAUCAGUAGUUGAAGAAAUAAAACGUCUUAUCGAACUCUACAAAGGCGAAGAGUUAAGCAUAACAGUAACCGGACACAGCCUCGGUGCGACACUAGCAUUAUUAGUAGCCGACGAGAUCAGCACGUGCGGGCCUGAGGUCCCACCCGUGGCAGUUUUCUCAUUCGGCGGGCCUCGUGUGGGCAACAAAGCCUUCGGAGAGCAUCUUGAAAGUAAAAACGUGAAAGUUCUCAGAAUAGUAAACACACAAGACGUGAUUACAAGGGUGCCAGGAAUAUUCUUAAGCGAAGAGCUGGAAGAAAAAAUCAAGAACUCGAAGGUUGUUAGUGGAAUGGUUGAUAUGUUGGAAGAGAACACUCCUUUAGGAUAUUCGCACGUUGGAACUGAGUUACGUGUUAAUACUAGGAUGUCGCCGUAUUUGAAACCUGAUGCUGAUAUAGCUUGUUGUCAUGAUUUGGAAGCUUAUUUGCAUUUGGUGGAUGGGUUUAUGGCGUCUAAUUGUCCGUUUAGAGCUAAUGCUAAGAGAAGUUUAGCUAGAUUAAUGCAAGAUCAAAGUGCUAAUGUUAAAAAAUUGUAUACUAGUAAGGCAAAAGGGUUGUCUGUUAAUCUUAAUAGACAGGGAUCUAUGUCUAUGUCUACUUGUUGUCCCAGUCCUUCAUCUUAA